CUCAACCUGUAUUCUAACACUUGCACUCAUAUACUUCUUAACUUCAAUCAAUAAAAUUUUGUUGAGCUUCACAUUAUGUGGUUUGUGUUUGGAAAAGAAAAAGUAUAUAGGAUAUAGUUUUUCAAACUGUGGAUAGCCUGGUUGAGAUGCUCAUAAGUUCUGUUGUACCUGCAGUGCAGCUUGGAAUAAGUAAGAUGAGGGUGUCAGGCAUAUAGCAUAUGGUGGAGAUGAGACAGAAAGCAUUGAUUGGCAAGGACCUUUACCCUGGGGAUCUGGAAAUCCCUGGAUCCAGAUAGUUGAGCAUGGAUCCAGAGACACAUGAUCUGGCCAAAUCUGAAUUUAAAUAAGACUGUGGCACCAGUGUGAAGGAUGGUUCAAAAAGAAGAGGAAUUGGAGUCUGGAAAAUUGAAAAUUGAACCAUAAUAGUUAUUUAAAUAAAUAAUGAGUAGGUAUUGAAUUAGGAUAGCAGAAAAAGAAUAGAAAUUAAGAUGGAUUUGCUUAAAAAAAUGGAUUUGUUAGUUGAAGGUAGAAGUUGUAGGAGAAGAAAGUCAUUCAUAUUUCCCAACUUUCUUCAGAAAGAGUCAGUCACCACUAAUAGAUAAUAUGAUUAAGGCUGUUGGCAUCAUGAAAUUUUAAGCCAUGUGGUCAUGACUGCAUUUGUCUUCCUAAUUAGGUUUGGGGGAGUUUCUUUUCUAUUUUUUUAAGAGUUGGGCACUUCUGCAGGUGGCUUCUCUCACUCAUGAUUUUUCUUCCCGCUGGUUUCAGUUUCAGGGCAUUUUCCAGAUAUUGCCUUGAAGCAUGUUCUUGCUCGUCAUAUGUAUUCACUACUUUGGUAGUGAUUCUUUAUCUUUUAUGAGCUAUAUUCACAGAUUAAGUGAAUUAAGAGUAAUUUGACAUUGUGUUUGUUCCUGUUUGUGUUGAAGGUUAAGAUUCAUGUUGUUUCUGAUGUUAUAUCUUAUAUUUCUUAUUUUUGACUGACAGCUGCCAUGCAAAGAAAACCCAAAUCAUAUUCAUCUUCUUUAAUGGAUCAAAUUCCUAUCAAAUUCCUUAUUCGACAGGCUCAAGGACUUCAGCAGGAGUUGGGAGGGUUGCAUUCUGCUUUACUCCGUCUCCUUGCAACCAAUUACCCACAUUUGUGCAUCGUGGAUGAUUGGAUCUGUGAAGAGGAAAUCACAGGGACAGAUGCCCUGUUAAGGAGAAUGCUUCUGACUAAUAAUGCCAAAAACCACUCUCCUAAACAACUUCAAGAAGCGUUUUCAGCUGUCCCAGUAAGUCACACGCAAGUGAUGCAGAUUCUAGAACACUUGACUCUGCUUUCUGCCAGUGAGCUUAUACCAUAUGCAGAAGUAUUAACAUCCAACAUGCAUCAGCUGUUGAAUUCAGGGGUUCCACGGCGAAUUCUUCAAACAGUCAAUAAACUCUGGAUGGUUCUGAAUACUGUGAUGCCUAGGAGGCUGUGGGUAAUGACAGUUAACGCACUUCAACCAUCAAUAACGUUUGUACGACAGCAAAAGUAUACUCAGAAUGACCUGAUGAUAGAUCCUCUCAUUGUGCUAAGAUGUGAUCAGAGGGUAUACAGAUGUCCCCCACUGAUGGAUAUUACUCUGCACAUGUUGAAUGGGUAUCUUCUGGCAUCCAAAGCCUACCUUAGUGCUCAUCUGAAGGAAACAGCAGAGCAAGAUAGGCCUUCUCAGAAUAAUACGAUAGGUUUAAUUGGACAAACUGAUGGCCCAGAAGUUACCAGAGAAGAACUGAAAAAUGCAUUACUGGCUGCUCAGGAUAGUGCAGCAGUCCAGAUUCUCUUGGAGAUCUGCUUACCUACUGAAGAGGAGAAGGCAAAGGGGGUCAAUCCAGACAGCUUGCUAAAGAAUGUUCAAAGUGUUAUUACCGCCAGCACUCCAAAUAAGGGAAUGGAGGAAGGAGAAGACAAUUUGCUCUGUAACCUUCGAGAAGUUCAGUGCCUUAUCUGUUGCCUGUUGCACCAAAUGUACAUCGCAGAUCCCAACAUUGCUAAACUUGUUCACUUUCAGGGUUACCCAUGUGAACUCUUGCCUCUGACGGUCGCUGGUAUUCCGUCUAUGCACAUCUGUCUGGAUUUCAUACCUGAGCUAAUUGCACAACCAGAACUUGAAAAACAGAUAUUUGCUAUCCAGUUGCUUUCUCACUUGUGUAUCCAGUAUGCAUUACCAAAGUCACUGAGUGUGGCUCGCUUAGCUGUCAAUGUCAUGGGAACUUUGCUGACAGUUUUAACACAGGCUAAGCGAUAUGCUUUUUUCAUGCCAACUCUGCCAAGUUUGGUCUCUUUUUGUCGAGCGUUUCCUCCACUGUAUGAGGAUAUUAUGUCUUUGCUGAUCCAAAUAGGGCAAGUUUGUGCCUCUGACGUUGCCACUCAGACAAGAGACAUUGAUCCAAUUAUUACACGUCUUCAACAAAUAAAGGAGAAACCAGGUGGAUGGUCUGGACUCAGUAAAGAUCCGUCUUAUAAAAAUGGACCUGGGGACACUGGAAGCAUGGAUCCUGAUGUACAGCUCUGUCAUUGUAUUGAAAGCACAGUAAUUGAAAUAAUAAACAUGAGUGUUAGUGGAAUUUAACAAAGAACAAACGUAAAACUAAAAAAUGAAGCUGUUUGCUGCAUAUACCCAACACGAACAUGCAUCUUAUAACAACUAAACUGAAUGGGAACAGAAACAUCUUGGAAUCACUAAAAUGAUUAAAUUCAACAUGAAUACACUUUAGGACUCUCUUGAGAAUUUUGCUUGCUUGUAUUUGAUUGGCAGUUCUUUGGAUCUACUUUGCUGGUAUGUUUUUUUGUAGCAACUGAGCUUUUCUUUUUCUGUUGGCAGCACAUUUAAGAAACUCAUUACUGAAAAAGUGAAUAUGGUCUUGUAUUAAGCUUUUGAAGUGAAGAAAAACUGCCAUGCCUUUAAUUUAAUAUCUUAUUAAUAAGUCCGUGGAUAGCCCCAAUGUUUAACCAUCAGCUAGUAACAGUACAGUGAUGCAGUGAUGAGAGAGAGAAAAAGGGAAGGGGGUAUUGAGGGAAAAUUAGGAGUUUUAAACAAUAGGAAUCUUUAAAACUUGCAAUGCAAGUAAUAAUAGUAAUGAAUGGAAUAGCAAUAGCAAGAUGGAAUUCCAGUUCUCAAGAAACAGUAUUGAGAAGGGCUUUAAAAAAGGCAAACAGCUUUUUGUAAAUGACUUCCAUGGACUUACAGAUAAGGAUUUAAAGAUUUUACUUAUUUGCUUCAAUUUUUACUAAUAUAUGAAGCCAUAUGUUUAAAGAGAUACUUGAAUAAUUUGGAAUUUUAAGAUACUGGCUUAAAAGAGUUUACAGAAACAUCUUUGUGCAGAGACUAACCUGAAAAGAGGUCUCAUUUAGUUUUUUUUAAAGUUUAUUUUUAUAAUGGUCAGAGGAGGUAAAUCCAUUGGAAUCUCAUUGAAGUUUAGAGCAAUAAAACCCACUGGAUUGAAGAACUCGGUUUGUCAACAGGACUAUAAUUCACAUCAUCAUUUGAGAAGAUUUUGAACUGAUCUGCAGUGUUUGGACCUCAGGAAAAAUUAAGACGGGAAAAAUUCUGUGUUGUGGAAGGCUUUUGCAGUCCUCUGUUAGUAGUGUCCACUGAUGAGGUAGAUGCAUCCAGUUAGCCCCUCAUCCGCAUCUUUCCUUAAUGAAGCAUCCAGUGCAGAAGGUGCUUCUCUCUGCUUUCUGAGAAAUACCUGAAUGAACCCCUCUUUCCCACCCCACUUGAGACAGACCUCUUCACUUAUAAAAGAAAUCAGGAAGGCUAAUAAAGUGUGGUUUUUAAGAAAAGAAAUUUAAUUUUAGCCUUUUCACUAGGAAAUAGUCACAUUUCAUUUUCCUUCUUUGUAAAAUGGAAUUACUACUGGCCCUACCUCAAAAGGGUAUUACAUAAGAAGUAAUUUGUAUCUGUUUCAAAUCUCAUGCACGGUAUCAUAGAUGAGAAUAUUUAUAACUUUUAUUAGAUGCUUAAAGUUCAAUUAAAUAAUUUUGAUGCAAAAAACAAAAGCAUACACUUAAAAACAAACUAAGAACUUGCAUAUUUUUAAACAAGGCAGUUUUAUAGUCUUUUAAGAUUCAAUACAACUGCUCCUGUUUGCUUCCUUUUGUUUAAACUGAAGUUUUGGAAUAUUUUGUGUGUGUAGGUAACCUCUAGGAGUCAGAAAAGAUUGAAAUGUUUUCUAACUAAAUGCAGUGCACAUUCCUGGAUCGAUUUUCAAAGACUGGUCAAAACCUGCUGUGUUAAAAAUAAUAACAAAUGCUGUUUUUCAUCAGGUUUGUUGAUGAUGUAAAUAAAAUAUGUAAAUAUUAGUAAAUGUUAAUAUUCAUGUAUUUUAAGUUAAGGUUAUAAAAUUUGUCACAACGUGAUUUUUUUUAAAUUCAAGUGAAGAAAAGAUGUGUGCAGCUAUUUUGAAUAUUGGUUUAUAAACAUUCAUAUUCUUUAUCAAAUGAA